UGGUGGCAGACAGCAAAAAGCUGUGGCGGCGGACCCAUCGUCACUUUUAAACCCAUCAUAAUGAUUUUUUAAAGGUUGCCUUUGUACAUAUAGCCUAUACAUUUAUUAUAAAAAAUGGACAACCGGUUAUUGUCAGGAUAGAUUAGUAGUUUGCUAUUUUAUUUGAAGGCGGAUACAUUGAAUUGUGGCAAAAUCAAGAAUGCUGAAGAUACAUAUAUUUGCUUUUAGCUUCGGCUUAGAUAAAGGAACAGUUUUUCCAUAAUACAACUGUAUAGCGACACGUCUACUGGGAUUUGGAUUCGGGAUUCUUCGAGCCGCACCUUAAUAGCAAGUUUUUUUUGUUGGGAUCGGUGGCAGCCUUUUGAUAUCGGUUUGGGGACAGAAGAAACCCCUAGGCUCACAUUGUGGCCUGGCCAUUGUGGCCUGGGACUGAUACAUUUCCGAUCUUUAGACCACUGGAGUUCUCUUAUUAGUGGAUAACAGACUCCGACUGUGGCUUGGUCUGUGAAUAUCCAGCCCGCGAAUAUUUGCACAUUGUCAACAAUACAAGCAAUUUAAUUAUUUGAAACUCGUCUUCAAAACAAUGGCGUCUUAUGUCGAUAACAGCUUUCGUCAAGCUGUGAUGAUGAAUCCGGCAGAAAGAACGCAACAGGACCUGGAGAUAGUCUACUCCUAUCUUCACGGGAUGGAGGCCCUUUCUAACCUCAGAGAACACCAGCUGAGGAUAAUAUGUGAGACGGUGCGCUAUGAAAGACAUGAAGCCAAUGAAGUGCUCUACUACCCGGAUGACGUUGGAAGCUGCUGGUUUAUUCUACUGUCCGGGUCCGUCUUCAUCAAGGAGUCCAUGUUCCUGCCAAGAAGCAGUUUUGGAAAGCGUUCUGCGGGGAGCCUGAGACGCGGAUGCGAGUGCAUCGUUCUGGAACCUUCUGAGAUGAUUGUGGUGGACUAUAUGGAUGAAAAUGAGGAGUACUUCCAGCGGCAAGCAUCGCAUCGACAGUCCCGCCGGAGGUUCCGCAAGAUCAACCAGAAGGGCGAGCGGCAGACCAUCAUCGACACGGUGGACCCGUACCCCACCGGCAAGCCGCCCAUAGCCAGGGGAUACCAUACGCUCCCCGCGGACUUCAGCCGACUCCACCUGGCCGACGGCUUGCACCCACAGGUGACCCACGUUUCCUCCAGCCACUCAGGAUGUAGUAUCACCAGCGACUCUGGAAGCAGCAGCCUGUCAGACAUAUAUCAGGCCACGGAGAACGAACCGGGCGACAUGGACCUCAGCGGCCUGCCCGAGACCGCCGUCGACUCAGAGGAGGACGACGACGAGGAGGACAUCGAGCGAGCGUCGGACCCCCUCAUGAGCCGCGACGUUGUGCGGGACUGCCUGGAGAAGGACCCCAUGGACCGCACCGAUGACGACAUAGAGCAAUUACUGGAGUUCAUGCAUCAGCUGCCAGCGUUUGCCAACAUGACCAUGUCGGUGAGGAGGGAGCUGUGUGCCGUCAUGGUCUUUGCCGUGGUCGAGCGGGCCGGCACCAUCGUCCUCAAUGACGGGGAAGAGCUGGAUUCGUGGUCAGUGAUCCUGAAUGGCUCGGUGGAGGUGACAUACCCUGAGGGCAGGCCUGAGAUCCUGUGUAUGGGGAACAGCUUUGGGGUCUCCCCCACCAUGGAGAAGGAAUACAUGAAGGGAGUAAUGAAGACCAAGGUGGACGACUGUCAGUUUGUGUGCAUAGCACAGCAGGAUUACUGCUGCAUCCUCAACCAGGUGGAGAAGAACAUGCAGAAGGUGGAGGAGGAGGGCGAGAUCGUCAUGGUCAAGGAGCACCGCGAGCUGGACCGCACCGGCACCCGGAAGGGACACAUCGUCAUCAAGGGUACGACGGAGCGUCUGACCAUGCACUUGGUAGAGGAGCACUCGGUGGUGGACCCCACCUACAUCGAGGACUUCCUGCUGACCUACAGAACCUUCCUCUCCAGCCCCAUGGUCGUGGGCAAGAAGCUCCUCGAGUGGUUCCAUGACCCAAGCCUCAGGGACAAGGUUACACGGGUAGUCUUGCUGUGGGUGAACAAUCACUUCAAUGACUUUGAAGGCGACCCCGCAAUGACUCACUUUCUAGAAGAGUUCGAAAACAAUCUGGAGAGAGAGAAAAUGUGCGGCCAUCUUAGACUGUUAAACAUUGCCUGUGCUGCUAAAGCCAAACUGCGUCUAGUGACACUGACCAAGCCGUCGAGGGAGGCCCCGCUAGCCUUCACCCUGCUGGGGGGCUCUGAGAAGGGCUUCCGCAUCUUCAUCGACAGCGUGGAGCCCGGGAGCAAGGCCGCAGAGGCCGGCCUCAAACGAGGAGACCAGAUUCUGGAGGUGAAUGGGCAGAACUUUGAAAAUGUCCAGCUCACCAAAGCCAAUGAGAUCCUGAGGAACAACACCCACUUGUCCAUUUCUGUGAAAACCAAUCUUUUAGUGUUCAAGGAGCUACUAGCCCGGCCGGAGCACGACCACGAGGCAGAGGGUGAGGAUCCGCCAGAGGUGGAACGCAAGAAUGGAGCCCCGGCACACCUGCCCAAGAUUGGGGACAUCAAGAAGGGCUCGCGCUACUCCAUCCCUGACCUGGCGGUGGACGUUGAGCAGGUGAUGGGCCUUGAGAAGGCCAGUAAGAAGGCCAAAGCCAACACGGUGGGAGGAAGGAACAAGCUCAAGAAGAUCUUCGACAAGACACUCACCAGCAUCCUUCCCCCAAAACCAUACAACGAUGUGGGCGUGGGCCAGUCGCAGGACGAUAGCAUCGUGGGCCUGAAGCAGUCCAAACAGAUUCCGGCCUCGCUGCCUGUCAGCAGCAACCUAUCGUCCAGCAACCCUGACCUGCUGCAGUCCCACCACCGCAUCCUGGACUUCAACAACCAACCGGACAUGUCUGACCAGGUGCUGCGGGUGUUCAAGGCAGACCAACAGAGUCGAUACAUCAUGAUUGGUAAGGACACCACGGCCAAGGAGGUGGUGGCCCAGGCCAUCCGGGAGUUCGCCCUGACCGCGGUGCCCGAAGCCUAUUCGCUGUGCGAGGUGUCCGUCACGCCUGAGGGGGUCAUCAAGCAACGGCGGCUACCAGAGCAGCUGUCCAAGCUGGCUGAUAGGAUACAGCUCAGUGGCAGAUACUACCUGAAGAGCAACAUGGAGACGGAGACCCUCUGUUCAGACGAGGACGCCCAGGACCUUCUUCGUGAAGGCCAGAUCUCCCUCCUCCAGCUCUCCACUGUGGAAGUAGCCACGCAGCUCUCCAUGCGCGCCUUCGAGCUCUUCUGCGCCAUCGAGCCCACCGAGUACAUCGACGACCUGUUCAAGCUCAAGUCCAAGACGGGCUCGUUUUGCCUCAAGCGCUUCGAGGAGGUCAUCAACCAAGAGACCUUCUGGGUGGCGUCGGAGGUGAUCCGGGAGCCCAACCAGCUCAAGCGCAUGAAGAUUGUCAAGCACUUCAUCAAGAUUGCUCUCCAUUGUAGAGAGUGCAAGAACUUCAACUCCAUGUUCGCUAUCAUCAGUGGUCUGAACCUGGCGCCGGUAUCUAGACUCCGGGGAACGUGGGAAAAGCUCCCCAGUAAGUACGAGAAGCUGUUUGGGGACCUGCAGGACCUGUUUGACCCGUCCAGGAACAUGGCCAAGUACCGCAACGUGCUCAACAACCAGAACCUCCAGCCGCCCAUCAUCCCCCUAUUCCCCGUCAUCAAGAAGGACCUCACCUUCCUGCAUGAAGGGAACGACUCAAAAGUGGACGGCCUGGUGAACUUUGAGAAGCUGCGUAUGAUCGCCAAAGAGAUCCGCCACGUGGGUCGCAUGGCCUCCGUCAACAUGGACCCUGCACUCAUGUUCAGAACCAGGUCUCUUAGCCAGGGCAGUGCCAACGCGGCGGUGCUGGACGUCACCCAGACGGGCGGGCACAAGAAGAGGGUGAGGCGCAGCUCCUUCCUGAACGCCAAGAAGCUGUACGAGGAUGCCCAGAUGGCCCGCAGGGUCAAGCAGUACCUGUCUAACCUCAGCCUGGAGACCAACGAGGAGGCGCUGCAGACCCUCUCGCUGCAGUGUGAGCCCUCCAUCAACACACUGCCCAAGAAUGCUGGUGGCAGUAAGAGGCUAGACACGUCUCCGGUGGUGUCCAGGGCUGCCAGCCAGCAGAGGGGCCAGCUGCAGAAGGGCAACCAGGCCCUUCAGGUGCCCGCUGUGGCCCUCUACCCCUCCCGCAAGAAAGUGCCAGUCAAGGACCUGCCACCAUUCGGCACGAGUUCCCCUCAGUCGCUGAAGAAGAUCCUAUCGCUGUCAGAGGAGGCCAGCGAGCGUCACAAGCGUCAGACAGAGGACACGGUGUCUAAUGCCUCCCAGCUCUCCUCCCCUCCCACCUCCCCCCAGAGCUCGCCCAGGAAGGGCUACCCAAGAACGGGAGACACCUACUCGGACUCGGGUCACAGCGAGAUUUCGUCGCGUUCCAGCCUGGUCAGCAACUCCUCCUUCGACAUGGCCCAGGAGGAGAGGAGGGGGCUCAGGCACUCAGGAGGGGUGGGAGACCCCCACGCUGGAGGGGUGCGUCUGGAGAGGAGGGCUACGACCGACUCUGAUCAGUACAGCCUCGGUUCCUACUCGUCCAUGCAGGACUGCCGGGGCCUGUACCCCUGCGCCAUGGUGCUCUCCUCCCCCAGCUCGGAGGAGUUGACCCAGGACCAAGGGGACCGUGUCUCCCUGGACGCCGCCGAUAGCGGCCGUGGCUCCUGGACCUCCUGCUCCUCGGGCUCCCAUGACAACAUCCAGACCAUGCAGCAGGGACGCAGCUGGGAGACCCUGGCCUUUGGACCGGGGGGUGUUGUCGGCGGGAGCGUUGGUGUCCACCCACACGGGGGGCCUGAAGCAUUACUAGGGGGCCCCGCUGGACUGUGGGCGUCCCAGGCUAGAGGGAGCUGGGCAUCGGCCUCUUCAUCUUCCUCUGCGGCGUACUGGGGCGAGGACUCUGAGGGCGACACGGGCACGAUUAAACGGCGAGGCGGGAAGGAUGUGAACACCGACCCGGAGACGAGUAGUAUCACAUCGAUGGGGUCCGACGAGGCCAAGCAGCACGGAAGGCCUUCGCCAUCACCCAUCACUGCCGGAAACAAGGGCCUUAUCACGCGAAAGGAGAGCCGGUACCGCGAGCCCCCUCCAACCCCGCCGGGCUACACUGCCCUGACAAUCUCUGACUUCAGCGAAGGGCAGACGCAGUCGCCGCCCCCGGCCCACUCCGGCCGCCGCCCGCCCGAUUACACCACGGCCUUGCAGCGCUCGCGCAUGGUUACCCAGUCGCCUGACUCCCAUCACCACCACCAGGCCCAACAACAUGCCAAGCGCCAAGGGCUCCACCGCACCCGCUCGCCAGGCGAGGAGGAAGAGCCUGAGGAGGAAGAGGAGGAGGAUGAGCAGGUAUCAGCAGUCUGAGAACGGUCUUCUGCUGGAUGUCCUUUGCAGUGACUUGAAGUCCCUUCCAUGGGGGUGGAACAAGAGAGACUGACUUGAUUGAUUGAUGGACAGACCAAUCCAGUACGUACGUGCCUGCCUGCCUCCUCUUCCGGACUCUCCGUCAUUGGUGGACUCCUCUGCUCGUACCCCCCCCCCCCCCCCCCCCGCCUUAAAGCAGCAUGGGGGGUUGAAUGACCCUGCAUGCAACAAAAAAAUACUGUGAAGAAGAAGAUGGAGAGAUGGAAAAAGAAAGACACAAAAUGCCUGGCACUUUGGGGGAAAAAGAAAAACAAGUCAAAUGGUUUUGCUGAAAAAAACACAGCUACGUGUCUCACACACACACACACACACACACACACACACACACACACACACACACACACACACACACACACACAGCUGUCCUGGAACAACUUUCCAAGACUAACACCCUAUCCCAACCCCACCUCGCUUUACACACAGUAUCAUGACGUGUUGAGCUUUGUCUGCACUUUUUAAUUUUCUACUUUAAUUUUCUACUAGAACAAAACGGACAAUGACGAUGGAGGACAAAAAAAUAACAUUUGAUCAAUUUUUGAACUUUCUUCUAGGUUUCUAGAGGUCUUCUUUCCAAGAACUAUUGCACUCGGGGGGGGGGGGGGGGGGUAAAAGCGGCUAUACCCAAGUCUCAUAUCCCUGUGUGGACUCUGAAAAACAGAUCUGUCAAACGUAAGAGUUUUAUUCCACAAUUACAGUAUUAUCUUGUCAUUCACAUAUUAGACAUAUCCUAAUGGUGGCUCAACCCCCACUGCUAACUGGACAGUCACAGUGUGAGAAAUCAGUUGGGGUGACCAAUAUGUAAUUUGGGGUAACCAACAUGCACGUUCAUAAUCGAAUGUUCUGACACACACUGGGCAAGUCUGGCUUCAGCACUUCUCAGUACAACUUUAGGUUUUCGUGUAACCCUACAUUCCCAACCCUGGCCUGGAUAUCUGUCUAUUUCCGAUAUGGCCAGCCACAUCUUCAGUUCUAGGUCAUAUACGAUAUGUGGCAGGUUGUGUGGAUCAUAGCAGUGGCCCAACUAGGGAGUCAAUCUAGCUAUUUGAUAUCCAUGUUUUAACCCAGGUCAUCUGGUGACUUAUAUUAAUUCUGUAUUUUAGACAGCAUUUUAAAGGACAACUACAGGAGAUUUAUCUUGGCUUAGUCUUGUCUCUAAUGGGUUGUGAUGUUAAAAGAUAAGCACAAAGGGUAUUUAUACCCAAUUGGCAAAUCAACCAACUCGGGGAACGUGUUUUUAGUUAUGCACCCCAAAGGCAAGUCAAGGCUUAAAUCCUAUACAGGUGAAUGGAGUCUCAGGCCUUUCAGUGGUGCUACAUAACCAAACACUUUCCCUGGGUUCUGUCAAUUUAAAGUAACUGUCCAGUGAAAAUCUAACUUUAAAUAGUUCAUAUUCUGUUAACUCAUGCCCAAAUAAUGUUGACUCAUCCUAUCCUGGUAUUUGUCGCCAAAUUGGAGAAAAACACUUACAUUUUUUUUUUUUUUUACAUAUCAAGCAGACCAUUUAAAAAAAUGCUUGCUAUUUCAUCAUAGAGAAUGAUGUGCUGGCCAAUCAGCGGUCUACUUGCAUGAAUAUGUUUUAUGACAGGUAUAUGCCCACACCAUUCCAACACACAAGCUGCUUUUCUUUUCUUUUUUGCGGAAGGAAAACGAUUUCACUCAGUGUAAUAUUAUAGGUCAUAUUUCAUAGAAAUCUGGAAACGAAACACAGGACAGUUACUUUUAGAAUGAACUAGAAUACACCUCUCCUACCUUGCUGUCGGCUACAUCCUCCUCUUCAUUGAAAAGUCCUCCGCUGUCACAGGCGUCAAGAUCAAUGGAUUUGUAUAUUACUAGGCAAUGCUAGCAUAGAGCAACCUGUAUUUCCACCAUAUCUUAGCAUCGUUGGAAUUGACUGAAGAAAAAUGAUUGAAUAUGUUUGUUUUGACUCCGGUGGGGGAAGUUACCCAGAUGAAAGAAUUCACUUUUGAAGGCUGCCAAUCAGAAUUAGUGUCACUUUUGUGUUGUUUUUCUUUUCACUGAGUUGCGCUGAUCACAUUGAUCAGUAGUUAGAAACGAUGGACUGAGAAGGAGAAGAAAAAAAACAAGUGCUGUGUUUUUCACUGUGGGCUGUUCCUACACUAUUAUCAUUUCUGUCCAUUUGUAUUAUUUUCAUGGCAGCCGAUAGAUUGUCAACAAUGCGUCGAAUACAAUGGUGACAUGCAUCAUCAUUCACUCUUUCAGCUCUGGAGAUCAUGUGCGUAUUGGCAGGCCAAGGGCCUAUUUGGAGAAACGAAGACGUUGCACAACAUUGUACAAGCAUAAAGAUAAUUGUAGUAGGUAGAACUGCUACUCCGUUUUGAUGUGUGAUGUUAGUGAGAAGUGUACAUUUAGCUGGUGAUUUUUCUCAUACUUUCUUCUACUACUUUGACCUGUAUGUCUUUUAAAAAGACAAUCGGCGGAGUAUGUUUCGGUUGUUUUUUUUUGUAUUUUUAAUACAAUAAUUGUAAAUAUUGGUUAUAUUUUUGUUGAAAUGUACUAUGUUUAUGCCUCAACAUCCAGUUUGUAUGAAGCUGGGAAAUCAAUAAAUACUACAAAAGUUAUCAAUUCA